AUGGACGGCUUCCCCGACCUGCGCCAGCAGCCUGCACCUGUACCGACAUCGAUCCCGUCGACCCAUGAGGACCUCGUCGUCCUCGAGGACCAGCACCCGGGUCCGCCGCCUCUUCCGCCGCCGCCGCGCUUCUCGGCCAAGGACAUGGUCACCAUGGCGCCCAACAACUCGAACCCGCACUCGUUCGGUGUCAUGUUCAACGGCGCCGUCAACCUCGGCGAGCACCCUUGGCCCGCGUCGGCGCCUCUUCCUCCGCCCGAGCUCCCCGUGCUCCCGUUCGUCGGCGUCUUCGAGCCCAAGGUCGCGCUCCUGCCGCCGCCACCGCCGCCGCCUUUCAACGUCGAGCGCUCGCCGGUCGGCGCGCCGCCGCCUCCUCCGCCUCAGCAGCUGCCCGCCGAGCUCAUCCAGCAGCAGCCGCAGAAGGUCCAAGGUCCGCCGUCGCCUGUCCUCCACAUCAACGCGUCGUCGUCGCAGUCGUCGUCGAUGUCGGCGCCGCCGCCGCCGCCGCAGGCCCAGCAGGCGCCGUUCGUCGGCUACGCGCCGUUCCCGGGCGCCGUGCCGUGGCUCGGGCAGGGCAUCCCGUCGCCGUACCUCGGCUACGCGCCUCCUCCGGGCAUGCCCGGUGCACCGCCCCUCACGCCCUGGUCGCCCGUCCCGCUGCGCAACAUCGACGAGUGGGUGGGCGGCACCUGGUCGCCCGGGCAGGCGCCGUUCCCGGCGUCGGCGUCGUCGCCGCCUCACCCACCGCAGCCGUCGACGACGUCGGCGAUGAGCGUGGCGGGCCACCGCAGGCGCGGCUCGUCCUCGGUCGCGUCGACGACGACGGGACCGGUCGAGUACCCGAUCUCGGCCGCACGGUCCGCCGCCGCGCAUGCCGCCGCCGAGGCGACUCGUGCCGCCCAGGUCGAGCACGCCGCCGCCGUCGCCCAGUACCACCACCAGCAGCAGCAGCAGCAGCAGCAGCAGCAGCAGCAGCAAGGCGGCGGCGACCCCGCGUCCUUCUCGAGCGACCUCGGCUCGUUCUCGAUGGCGAGCAUGAGCGGCUGGCCGGCGUCGUAUCCGUCGCCGCAGCAGGUCCACCAGGCGCAACAGCAGCAGGCCCACCUCAUGCAGCAGCAGCACCUGCACCAGAUGCACCAGAUGCACGCGCACGCCCAGAUGCAGCAGGCCCACGAGCAGCAACAACAGCAGCUCCACCACAUGCGCCAGUCGUCCUCGCCGUCGCUGCACGCCUGCUCGACGACGCACACGCCACCGUCCGACACCGGCGCCGACCUGCGCACCUCGGGCUCGCCGCCGCACUCGUCGUCGUCGUCGUCGGGCGUCGCCUCGCCGGGCUUGUGCGCCGUCGCCGGCUGUGCGCGCCCCGUCUUCUGCGAGCUGUCGCCGUGUGGCGACCGCCUCUGCCGCGACCACCUCGGGUGGGUCAUCCGCGGCGCGAGGACCGUCGAGGUCGACGAGCGCGCGAGCGACGACCAUGGCGGCGAGGCGGCGGCGGCGCCGAGGACCAAGAAGCUGUUCCGCUGCGUCGCGUGCCGCGUCGAGUCGAGCAUGGCGGGCCCGACGUCGAGCGCGAGCGCUGCCGCCGGCGCCGCCAAGAGCCGUCGCCCGUCCGAGCCCGUCGUCGGCCUCGGUCUCUCGAACGUCGACGUGCCCGCCGCCAACGACGACGCGGUGCACGCCUUCUCGAUCAAGUACUUCUCGUCGGGCCCGGCGCCGUUCCUGCACCCGUCGCAGCCGUCGCCCACGUCGAGCUCGGCGGUCACCGCCGGCACCGGCAACGGCGGCGCGCACGAGAUCGUCGACCUGUCGACGGCGCUCGAUCCGGCUGGCGACGCGUCGCUCGUGCAGCACCUGCGCUUCCCUCCCUCGUCGGUGCCCGGCCUCGAGCUGCAGCCGGGCGCUUCGUUCGUCCCGUCGCACGCGCACGGCGGCGGUGGCGCGCCCGCCCUCGCGCCUCUCAACAUCGAGCUUGCGCGCAGCGGCGGCGGCGGCGGCCUGAGCGGCAUGCAGCGCGUGCCGCGCCCGCCGUCGCCGCCGUUCCCGGUCGGGUCGCGGUUCGUCGGGCCCGAGGGCACGUUCCUCUUCCAGGCCUCGACCUCGGGCCAGGACGUGCAGCAGAGCAUGUCGGCGGGCGAGCUCACGCCGACCGAGAAGGCGAGCAGCUACGGCAGCGAGCCUGGCGCCUCGUUCGCCCGCGACGACGCCGAGGCCGACGUCGUCGCCCGCCCGAGCUCUGCGCAGCCGACGCUCGAGGGCGCCUCGUCGUCGCCCGUCACGACGUCGCCGAUCCGCCGCACGCACGAGUACAAGCGCUCUCUAAGCCGCUCGGUCACAUCGCCGGCGGCCAUGUACGCGCCCAACCCGCUCGAGGCGGCGCUCGUCGCCCAGUUCGGCGCGCGCGACGUGCCACGCCGCCUGCCGUCGCCGCCCGAGAGCACGCGCACGCCGUCGCCCGUGCACCGCGAGGGCCGUGCGCUCCCGCCGUCGUACCCGUCGCCCGAGGUGCAGGCGCGCUCGACGAGGGCGGCCGACGAGGCGGCGCAAACGGCCGAUCGCCGCGGCUCGCUCGGGCACGCCAUGCUCCAGCCCGACUUUGCCUUCCCGGCGCCGCACCACGUCCUCGUCCAGCAGCAGCAGCAGGAGCUCCGCACGCCGCCGCGCAGCUUCACCCAGUCGACCUACCUCCCCUCGCCCUACUCGGCGAUGCCCAUGCCGCCCAUGCCGCCCUACCCGUCGUUCCCGCCGGGCAGCGUCUCGGUCCAGCCGCAGUACGCGUCGCCGAGCGGGCUCAACGCGUUCGCGCCGACCUUCUUCGGCCCGGUGCCGUCGACGCCGACGCAGCGCGGCGCCAAGAAGCGCGGCAGCCUGCCCGGGCCGCCGAUGUUCGGCCUCGGUCUCGGCGGGUUCCCGCACUGGGUCGAGCGCGGGUCCGGCGCCCCGGCCGCCGGAGGAGGAGGAGGAGGAGGAGGAGCGCGGCGCGGCGGCAUCACGGCGAGCGCGACGUUCCCGCCGAGGCAGCCGGCGACGCUCGACCCGAUGGAGGACGGCGCCAAGCUCGAGCAGGGAGGGUGGCCCCUCGUCAAAGUCGAGAACAUCCCGUUCCACACCCGGGUCGUCGACAUCGAGCAGUGGCUGCCCGAGGGCUGCCUCCCGACCGAGGCGCAGUGCCUCCAGCCGAUCCACAUCAUCCUGCACCGCGCGACGGGCCGCACGCUCCCGCACUGCUACCUCGAGGUCGUCGACAUCCAGCACGCGACCGACCUGAUCGCCCGCAUGGACCGCUCGCACCUCGGCGACCGCACGGUCCGCGUCAAGUGGGAGCGCCCGGGCGAGCUCAUGCGCGACCUGUUCGCCCAGCAGGCCUACUUUCAGAUGGGCGGCUCGGGCCCCGGCGGGCACGCCCACCUCUCGUCGCCGGCCGCCGCACCGCUGCCGCACCUCCCGCCCGAGGGCUUCCGCAUCCCCGAGGUGCUCCUCACGGCCGACGACUUUGUGCGCCUCGUCGGCUUCACGACCAGGGCGAUCCAGUUCCGCGAGCGGCCGUUUGAGCGUUCGUUCUACAACGUCGCGACGCUCGUCAACAAGUUCCCGUGGAAGAGGGACGACCUGUGGGACGAGGCGCUGCGCAACGACAUGUUCGAGACGGUCCGCUUGGUUCUCGACAAGGCGCUCGAGCUCGCUCAGCAGGACUCGCUCUUCGUGCGCAUCUCGGACCUCAUCGUCAAGAGCGGCCAAGCCUGUCCCGUCUUUACGGACGAGCAGAAGGCGAGCCUGUCGUCCGCACUCGCUCAGAUGCUCGCCGCUCGCGCCUCGACGCCCAAGAAGCACCACCGCGCCUCUUCGACCUCGACCCGCUCGUCGGCGUUGCCGUUCGCCCCGCUGCCACCCAACCCGAACUUGGCGACCGGCUCGCCUCGCACGCCGCAGCACGGCGCGCGCUCGUACGCGGCGCGCAUGCCCGCGACGCCCGAGUCGCCCGAGUCGCCGCUCGCUGGCCUCGGCGGGCGUGCGCUCCCGCCGCACAUGGGUCGCGGCAGGGGCCGCUACGGGCACGAGUACCGGCGCACGACGAGCUACCGCAACCUCGGCGAGGCCAAGGUCACGAUCGAGGGCGCUGCGGCCGAGAGCCCGGCGUCGGACGGCGAGCCGCAGGAGGAGGAGGAGGAGGAGGUCCAGCAGGGCGGCGCGUGGGUCCCGCUGCAGCAGGGCGAGGGAGGCGAGGGGGCGGACGAGGGCGAAGACGACGUCUUCAGCGACGGGGGCGGGAGCAAGAGCGGCAGCGGGAGGUCGAGCGCGGGCGAGCGCCAUGGCCACGACUACACGCACCGCAAAUCGCCGUCGUCGACCUCGCAGUGCGGCGCCGGCCGGCCGGGUUUCGUCGAGCACGCGCCCUCGGCUGCUGCGGCGGGCCCGACGCUCGGCGGCAAGGGCACGUCGGGCCUGCACACCCCGCCCGACUCGCCCGAGUUGACGCGCAGUGCGCCUGUCCUCGCCGCUGAGCCGAGCGAGGCGAGCGAGCAGUAG